UUGGUUCAUUGUCUCAUCGACAUACGUACGAACUUGCAUUGAUAGUAUACUCUUCCUCUAAAACAUAGGAAAACAAAACGAAGUCGCGUUAUCUAUAGAAAAGGCAACAACUUCGUCGGCUAAAUGUGAGCAAUCGUGUUCUUUGUAGAAAUUGUGAAAGUUAUUGGAGCUUUUGCAACGAAUUCAUCGCGUGUGAUCUCCAGCAUGCCUUACUUUAGCAGACGUUGCUUCACUUGUUUUGCAGCGUUUGUAGGUCUCGUUUGUCUUCCUUUGUGUGAUGGUGUACAGCCAUGGAAAACAUUCUAUCUAGACGAGAGCUAUGGCUACUUCAACAGUCCAGGAUACAUCAUUGGGGUUAACAAUACAUACAGCAAAUACCCUGCAAAUACCACAGUAGAAUGGGUAAUAGGGUACUACAGAGGCUACAUCAGCUAUGUGGCGAUAGAGUUUAUUGAUCUAGGAAAGUGCAACUACUCCCAAUCUUGCAGCGACAACAACAUUGACACAGUCCGAGUUUUUAUCUAUAACAAGAAUACAACAUUGCGUCUUUACUGCGGAGGAUUUCACCGUCUGUCACCUUCUUCGUUCCGCGCGCCUGGUCGCGAGAUUUUGGCGGUGAGGUUUAAGUCAGUCGAUAGCCCAGAUAUUUGUCGAGGGAAAGGCUUUCGAGCGUUUUACCAGACCCCUUGGAGACCACUAACCACACGCACGAUAAUAACAGAUACUGAAGAAAAAAGGCGAGUCGAUCCAAUAGUGUUAAUAUGCGUAAGCAUUGCAGUCGUCGUCGUCAUUUCAAUUGCCGUCAUUAUGAUCUACUGUUGUAGCAAGAACCAACAAGCCCCUCCUCAGACAGCUUGUCCACAGCAAGCCCGUCCGCCUCCUUUCACCCUCGUGUACCUACCAGUACCUGAGCCAGGGAACAAUAGUAGCCAGUUUGUCCCUACGACCACCGCAACAACAUCUCUGCAAACGCUGCCAACGUACGAAGAAGCGACAGUUGGCGUAAGGUGCGAUCAAACGAUGGCGGGAGAAAAUCCAUGCGCAGCGCAAGAUGAUGCGCAUGCGUGA